UAUAAUAAGGCUCCUCUACAUUUCAAUGCUGAUCCUGUAUUCUGUAAGACAACAACUCUUCUUUGCAAGCCAUUGCCCUUGGCUAAAUUGACAUCAUGGCAAAAGAUAAGAGCCUAACCUUUGUUGUAUUAUAUUUAAUUCAUGUUUGGACGCUGGGUGUGGACUCGUUCACUCUCCCACUGGACAUGGCCCCUGAUUCCGUUGAUGACAAAUAUGACAAAGAGAGUAGCUGCAGAGAUCUUAUGUAUGAGAAGGUGAACACAGUCUAUCUACCAGAUGAGAAAAAGGCUAAUCCUGAGUUCAACUCGUCUUGGAUGAAAGCAGAGGACGAAUGGGAAAAGUCAGGUGGUCAUCCUGAUCUAACAAAAGAACAGUUUAUUGCCAUCUAUAUGUACACAAAUCAGAGUCCUUCCAUCUACUCAGACUUCAACAGAAACGUUAGUAAAGGGAAAUCUGUGUAUGGGACAGCUUCAUUCCCGUACCACUCCCUGCACUUCUAUUUGACUGAUGCCAUUCGUGCAUUGAAGAAGGGGUGUGAGAAAACCUUCCGCCGAACCAAAGUGGAUUUCAAUCACCAAAGUGAAUUUCGUUUUGGCAGAUUCGCCUCCAGCUCUCAUAAAGAUAACUUACUCAGUUAUGGGAAUGUAUCCUGCUUUAGUAUCAAAACAUGCUAUGGUGCAUAUCUGGAGCCCUACACUGCCACGAAAGGAGAGGAAGAGGUUUUAAUCCCCCCCUAUGAGGUAUUCAAGGUCACCAAUGUCCAGCAAAAUCCACCAAAGAACGAGACAUUAGGUGACUGUAAAGUAGUCUACACAGUAGAGAGCAUCGGAGUUCAGAGCAACUUGAACUGCAAAUUGUUUAACAAAGCUGAAUCAAACAGAUCAUCAAACAAAGGCUAUAUCAUGCUUUGUAUUAUGUUGAUAAUAUCUGUACAUUUCUGACAGUUUUACUACCUAAGUAUAAUAAUACAAUAAAAUAUAUAGAAAGGACAGAAUAUAGCAUAUUCCUAGUAAUUGGAAUGUUUGGCCAGUAAAGAUAUAAGAAAUGUAAUUCCUCAACUGACAUUUACAUUUACAUUUGCUGUUAACCACAUGUCACAAUGUUUGCUUAAUUCAGACUUUUUUGUUGUUGUUUUAAUGAACAUGUUGAUGUAGAAGUGAACAUCCCUGACUCAUAGCAAUACUGUAUCCAAGGAUAUGUUUUGUGUUCGCACAGGAACUGUCCUUCCCAGAUUGUAUCACCUCUGUAAAGCUGUGAUGUGUGGUCAGACAACCGGUUUGAAUUGAAACAGUUAUCAGAUGGUUAUAAAAGCAAGACAAGUGUAAUUUUUUGUUCACUUUAGUCCUGUGCUUGGAUGUGGUGACUAUACUCUCCUUCUUGGUCUUUCUCUCCCACUCUCUUUGUCUUUCCCAUUUUCUCUCUCUCUACAGUUGACUUUGUGUUUAAGGCCUUUUAGGCCAGGCAUAUGUUCUCUGCCUCCCUCUUUUAUUCAUUUUUGGAUAAAUGCUUUGUUCUUUAAGUAUUGUCCUGUAAAUACCAUAUACCCUUGUUUAAUGUUUUCAUCUACAAUGUUAAGUAAACCCAUUUUAAUUAU